AUGACUACCUAUGAAGAUGCACGUUGGGAAUCUAGACUUCCUUAUUUUGAAAACAAUGAAACGUGGAGCUUGAUCGAUUUCUUACAGUGGAGUAUAGUGUUCGCAAAAAGUUUCGGGGAUAAACAGGACGAACACCUUUUAUAUAAAGUUUGUUUAGAGAAACUUCGUCUCAAACCGCAACUACUAAAGUCUUGUAGCAGUGAACUCGUAGAUAAGCUGGUCUCGAAUUGUAUUAGUUCAUUUGAGAAGGAUAUAAAAUCGUCCAAAGUCAAGGAGUUCUGGAACAACAGUUCUACUGUUAUGGAAGCCGAAGCACUUUCUAACACUACGCGGGAGACUAUACAACCUGCCCUUAAACGGAAGUUGAAUGAGGGAGAAAUGACCGUAGAUGCUGGCAAUAAUCCGUUUUAUGUAUCUCAGCAUGAAAAGGAUCCGAAGAAUGCAACUAAUCAGAACGAGGAAGAUGAAAUGUUAAAUGAAAAAGUUGAAUUGCCAAAUCAUAAAAAGGCGAAAAAGGAGGUGAAAAACACUUCAAGGACUAAGACCCAGAAAUCGAGAAAUAAAAGGCCUGACGAUGAUGAAGAGAUAAAAUUUGAUUUCACAAGUGUUGAAAUGGAGUUGUUACGGGAACAAUCAAAUGAGUGGAAAGUCAGUACGGUCAAUGUAUCGCAAAGAUUCAAAAAUUACCAGAUAGAAACACUUGAGAAAGCGAAGAUUUAUGGACUAAAGUGGAGUGGCUUUCAUGAAGUGCUAGCAUUGUCUUCGAUAAUUGUUUUAAGCUUGCAUUGUCCUUAUCAUAUUUUCACUGGCCGGGAAUGGCAAACAAUUAUACGUGAGAAUCCUUACAUUGUAGCUGAUUCAAUUCUGCCAACGGAAAUUUUAUCUUUUUUAUGGAGUGCAUCGGCCGAUUCCUUGAAAGGAAAGACCGCCUUUUUGUCCAUAGGCGAUUCUGAAAUCGGCCGAGUUGUUUCUCGAAUCUUUAACAACAUGUAG